CAGCUAGUGUGCAUGCAAUACGAAGAAAAUAUAUCAAUAUUUCCAGUACGACCUAGUCUCCUUGAAGCAUCUCACCAUUUCAUACCCACACGACUUACGUCAAGCAUCAACGUAACGGAGCGAGAAGGUUAGUUGCGGAACGUGGAACGUUGGACGGAAGAAGAAAGGAAGGGAGACUGCGUAAGUUGUAUGAGAGAGGCUUGAAACCAGGGAUUCUCUGGGAGAGAUGCAUGGGAUUGAGUGAGUGGAUUGGACGCUUUGGUAAGGUUUAGGUUACUUUUACGACCAGCGCGGACAAUAUUGCGUACGCACUGUAUCACGGUAUAUGUACAUGCAAGAAGGGAGAACGUUAAACGGCGACUAAGAAAAUCUCUGGGAAAGCAUCUGUGGUGAAAGACGGGAGUUUCGGAUUGUGCAAUUACCGUGCUGGGCUGAGACAUACAUAUCUACAUACUAGUUGUUGGUACAUGUCUGAGCCGCACCUUAGGAACACGAGUGUGCGAUAACGAUUGCGAAAAUUAGAGUUAGAACGAGGAGAUUAGCCUCAAAGGCUGAAGGAUUUAAGCUAUCUCUCUAGCCUUGUCUAUAUUCCUACAAGGCUGUUAUACUUAUUACAUUUUGCGGAUCGGUCUCGGAAGGAAAUACCAUACGACAUCAUGCAUUAUAUACGGUUAUUCAAGCAGCCUCGUCUGCUACCAAUCGCAUCCUCCGCGUCCUCAUCUUCCCCUCGAAUACUCUCUGCGAAGAUUACCAUUACAACGGAUUUGGGCGAAUCGUAUUUGAUGUCCGAUGUCAAACUCCGUGCGGAAAUAGAAAUCGAUGGGAGAAGUCUUGGAGGCGGAAAAGAAUAUAUAUGGAAAGGCACGAAUGGGACGAGGAGUUUAGAAAUUCAGAUACCGAUUAAAGUACCGCGUGGAGUGGAACAAUGGGCGACGAUGAUUGUGGGGCCCGCGGAAAAUACAUAUGGUGUCGAUUCUCUGGAGCAUGUUUUGGGAACAAGCCAGAACGAGGGUAGAAUUGUGAAGGUGAGGAGUAGGAGUUUUGACCUGAAAACUGGAGCCACGAGGUCGGAGGGUAUGGCCGAACGGGUUUUCAGUACUGGUUUUGGAAGACGGGAUAAAAUUCAUAUUUGGGAAGAAACGGGAGAGAGUAUCGCAAGACACAUCUGGGAUGCGGGUCUAGUGCUCUCAUCAUAUCUAUCAUCUCUUGGGAGUUCUUCUCGGCCUGUCGGCUCCCUGCCUACUCUAGAAAAGUUUCUGAGCACGCAACAAGAUAUUAAUAUUCUUGAGCUGGGAGCCGGGUGCGGAAUCGUAGGUAUUACGCUCGCGAAGGUCUUCUCGGAUCGAAUUAACAACAUCCUACUCACCGAUCUCCCCGAAGCCUCGGAGAUACUGGAGAGGAAUCUUUCUGCGAUGACACCAGAUUCAGACGUCUCACUCUGUAACUCCUGCUCUCACCAAGUGCUAGAUUGGUCGGCCCCGCUUCCGCGAGAUGUGCGAGGCGAAAGGUGGAAGUUGGUGGUGGUGGCGGAUUGUACGUAUAAUCCUGAUGUAGUACCAGAUUUGGUACACACAUUGACCAGAGUAAGAGAUGGAAACCCAGGAACGCUAGUUUUGCUCGCGAUGAAAGUGCGACAUGAUAGUGAAAUGAUAUUUUUUGAGCUCAUGGAGAAAGAAGGGUUUGGGAUUGUGGAGAAGUGCAAGGUGCCGUUGGGAAUGGUGGGGGAGGAGGGCCAGGAAAUCGAGAUUUUUGUUUUUAGAUGAUGGUGAAUGAUUGUCGUUUCUAAGGGGUGUCAAUU